GCGGCUGUCGGAGACACCAAAACAUCUGGACAUCUGUCUCAGACUGAAAUAAAAACUCUCCACUUGAGGGUUUGUGUCAUUUAGUACUUACCCUGAUAAUUUUACUGGAAACGGUCCAAGAGGUGUGAAGAAUGCGUCGCACCUCAGCUUGGAUUGGCUGGGCGCUGUGUCUGUGCGCAUCUUUGGCCAUGGGCGCGCAGGACUACCCCGAGGACGACGAGAUGAUCCUGGAUCUGAUCCGUGAGGACGGGACUCAGCCUGAAUCCGGAGCCGAGCCCGCUGCUGAGUUUCUCAGGUGCAACAAGGCAGCAUGGCGCAUGCCCGGUCAGUACCUGGUCAUACUGCGACAGGGGACUCACGAGUCUCACGUCCAGAGGACCAUCCGGAGGCUGAGAGCCAAAGCGGCCAGGAGAGGCUACCUGCUGGAGAUCCUGCAGACCUACUCCGGAGCUCUGCAUGGCUUCCUGGUCAAGAUGAGCAGUGACGUCCUUCACCUGGCCGUGAAGCUCCCUCACGUCCACUACAUAGAGGAGGACUCGUCCGUCUUUGCUCAGAGCGCCCCCUGGAACCUUCAGAGGCUACUGCAGCCUCACGGCAGCACCUCUGAAAAUGGAACGUACCAACCUCCCAAUGAUGGACGGAUGGCGGAGGUGUAUCUGAUGGAUGGCAGUGUUCAGAUGUCUCACAGGGAGGUUGAAGGACGAGUACUCAUCACAGACUUCAACAAUGUCCCUGAGGAGGACGGAGUCAGGGUUCAUAGACAGGCCAGUCAGUGUGACAGUCACGGCACACACGUUGCUGGGGUUGUGAGUGGCUCGGACUCUGGUGUCGCUCGAGGUGCUGGUGUUAACCUGGUCCGUGUGCUCAACUGUCAGGGGAAAGGGACCGUAUCAGGAGCUCUGGCAGGUAUGGAGUAUAUCCGAGCAGCUUUACUGGCCCGUCCGGUGGGUGCAGUGGUUGUUCUGCUGCCUUUCGUCGGAGGCUUCAGUCGCUCAUUAAACACAGCCUGUCGGGACAUGGUGGCUAACGGUGCUGUGGUCAUCGCUGCUGCUGGGAAUUACAGAGACGAUGCCUGCCUCUACUCGCCAGCUUCAGAGCCUGAGGUCAUCACAGUAGGGGCAGUUAACGCAGCCGACCAGCUGAUGUCACAGGGAGCAGGUGGCACUAACUUCGGCCGCUGCGUUGAUUUGUUCGCGCCUGGCGAUGACAUCGUUAGUGCCAGCAGCGACUGCAGCACCUGUUUUACCACCAGAGGUGGAACCUCCCAAGCUGCUGCUCAUGCUGCAGGUGUAGCAGCAGUGAUGCUGUCGUCCAAUCAGAACAUGUCACCGGUGCAGGUGCUGCAGAUGAUGCUGCGUUACUCCGUCAGCAACACAAUCAACCUCCUCUCUCUGUCUGACACACAUCGUCUCACUACUCCAAACCUGGUAGCAGCCAUGCCUCCUGCCAACAGCACAACAGAUGAGGAGCUGCUGUGCAGGUCCGUGUGGUCAGAGAGGUCAGGAGCGGCGAGCACCGACAGGGCUGCCAGUCGCUGUCGCCGAGGAGAGGAGAUGAUGGGCUGCAGCAGCUACGCUCCUGGUGGUGUUCCUGCGGGAGAAACCAUCACUACGAACAGCGAGCAGAUGGAGUGUGUUGCCUAUAACGGCCCGGGGGUCAAAGGUGUGUACGCUGUGGCCCGCUGCUGUGCGGUAAGCAGUCUGCAGUGCCGGGCCCAUGCGAGUCCUGAGCCCGGGCAAGACCCCGAGUGUGUCAGCCCACAGUAUCACCUGAGCGGGUGCACGUCUUGGUCCGCUGCUCAGGUCUCGUCGAACUCCCGGCCACAUCAUGGUGAUCGGAGACGCUGCGUUGUGAAAGAGGGGGUGACAUCUCAUGCCCUGUGCUGCCAUGCUCCAUCUCUGGAGUGCCACCUGUUGGAGAACACAUCAGCUGAUAAAGACCAGGUCGAGGUGUCCUGUCCCUCCGGCUGGACUCUGACAGACUGUAACGCCGUCUCUCAGGGCUCUGCUAUCUUGGAGCCUGUUGCUAAGGGCAACAGUUGCCGUGUCCACGGUGCCACAGGAGCUGAUGGGGCAGCAGGCAUCGCAGUCUGCUGUCGUGUCAGACCACCGGAGCAGCCCGCCAUGGCUCCUCAGUGAUCUGGUCUCACACCACCUUGAUGUCCCACACCCUGAGAACAGCUCUGACAUCUCUCUAACACAGUGUUGGUGUCUUUGUCUUUCAUCAGCUUUGACGUCCUGAAUACCAAACAUUCAUGUGUGACUGAAAGCACUUCUGCUAAGCUCUUGGUGUGUGUUUCAGACGUAGGAUUAGGUCAAAAUAUCAGUCUUAUAAAUGUUGUGUCCUCUAGUACAACUUGUAUACCAUAUCACACAGUAA